AUGGAAGUGAAUGGUGAACCAGAUAUAGCUGGUAUUUUCAGCGCGGCUUUAAUGCCAUUGAAAGAUAUGAAAGAUGCAGAUAUUUUGGACCAGUAUGAAAUGAACAUGGCUGAGGGAAAUAUAACACCUGACGUUCUAGAACAUUUAUCUCAAAGAACUACACAGAACCAUAGAGAUGGUAUAUUUGGUGAAGAGUUUAGAAAGAGAGUUAGGGAGAGAGAAGGAAGAGAACCUAUUGUACAUGACCUUGCAAACGAAUGUUUGCAAAAUGUCAUAAAAACUUACUUUGCAGACAAUGAACCGAGAAGGGAUGAAUAUUUAAGAAAACUCAAAUGGACAGUACCAAAUGAAAUGUUAGUAUUGAAAAACAUGUUCCAUGACAAAAUAAAACCAACUACAGAAAUAAAUGACGCAAGACUGAAACGUUGGGUAAAAGCUUUCCCAUUCACAAAAGAUAUUAUUGGUAACAUGGAAAGAAAACCAGAAUGGCUACAAAAACAUAUAUUUGGAAACGAGCUUAUUCCAUAUGGACAAGCUAUAUUUGAAGAGCUUGAACCGGAAACUCAGGAAAGAGUCAUGCAAACAAUAAGCGACGACUCAAAUACAAACUAUGACAAAAUCUUUCUAGGAUAUU